GAGAGAGAGAGAGGCAUUCGCAGGAGAGGGGAAACGGGGAGAAAAGGGUAAGGAUGAAAUUAACUUGAGGAAUACCCCUCUCGUCACCAGGGGGUUAUCUACCUCCUCUUCCUUCGUCGUGGCCACUUCAUCAGCCUCGCUCGCAGCCGGGUUUUGCCUUGUUCUCAUGGAUUGGUCGUUCUAGAAUUCGAGGGAGGAUUCGAGCAAAAGCAAAUCUGAGAAGCUUUGAGACUUUCGUGGCAGUCGUUGCUGUGCCCAUGUCAUCAUCACCCGAGAGGCACGCUUUUUUGGGUCUGUUUUUCAGCCGCGAGAAGUUCGACGAGCUGAAACUUCAAACACCGGCGCUCAUCCUCGACCGAUGACAAGUUUCGGAACAUCUGCUCGCUCGCUUGAUCAUCGUUCGUGUUCUGGAAGUUCGCUUUGUCAAGCACCAGACCUUCAAGAGUCGUUGGCCAUGGCCACAAAUCCGAACCAGUCCUUUGCUGGAAGAACCGGAGAUACUCAAGUUCCAGAUAUAGAAUUGGUUGUUCAGAGGCCGACGGACAUGUCGAACGGAUAUCCGAACUCCUCUGCUCCCGACAGUUCGCUUGUCGCAGGAGACCUACACACCCCUCAACAAGCAUGUUAUGGCCUGCGGUUCUCUGGCGUAUUUGACUUUGCCUGGGCUGAAAAGUUUUUACUUUUCACCCUCGUCGUCUCUGCGGUUUCGGGCGCCGCGCUCCUGACUUAUAUUGCCCUUGACCAUCCCAGUCCUCUUCUCAUAAUCUCAGCAUCUUUAUUCACCGCGGUGGUAUCUGUUACUCUAUUCUUGCUGAUAGCCGGAUGGACACGCGGCAAUGGCAAAAUGGUGCGCAUAGGUGUGUCGCUGGCCCAACUCGAAUUCUAUUUGAUGAUGGUCUUGUUCGUACUUGCAAUGAGGUGCAUUGGUGAUCGGUGA